AUGCGCACCUACACUCUGGCAACAGCCUUCCUGGCAGGCUGCGCACUCGCAACUCCAGUCCCACAAGACCUCGACUGGGACGCCAUCGAGUCCCUGGAUCCAAUCGAGACUCCUUCAAUCCCAGUCGUCGACGCCAAGGCUGCAGAGACAACUAUGGCCUACGUCUCGGCGGCAGCCGCGUCUGCUGUAGCAUCUGCAGUGGCAGCAAGCCCAGAAGACAGCACCAUCACCAUCGCAGGUCGUGGUAUCGCUGAAGCAGUACCGAGGAACAACGCCAACUGCACUCGACAGCCUGCUGCGAAUGAUACCCCGAAAAACUUCUCGGCCAGAUAUUCAUCUAAUGCCACAGAGGUCUCGGGCUACACGACGGCGUACUUCAACCGCAAUGGCUCCAGUGAGGGUGUAUACGGUUACAUGGGCUACUCCGUCCUUGACACCUACAACCCAAGUCAGUGUGCGGAACGCUGCAAUGCCAACAAGGGAUGUUCAUCGUUCAACAUCUACUAUGAACGCGACCCCAGCGUCACUCCAAAGGACGGAUGCAGCAACCCACCUUCAACCGUGGUGAUCAAGUGUGUAUACUACGGCGGCCCAGUCACCCCACAGUCCGCCACCAACGUGGGCCAAUACCAGGGCGACUUCCACGUCGUGAUCGCCGGCAGCAAUGGAUACGUCCGCAAAUCCAUCGCCACACCAGACGGCUACUCAGGCCUUACCGCACUCGGUAACGGCGCCAUCCAGGCUCCUCUCGACUGCAAUGGCAAGGACACCUACAUGGGCGUGAAGAUUUUCCAAGGCAAGCCUUUCGACACCGGACUCUGCGCCGCCGCCUGCACUGCCCAGAGCAAGUACAACCGCGAGCACCCGGGCAAGAACGGAUACUUCCAGACUUGCCAGUUCUUCAACACCUAUGUCCUUUACAAUGGUACUACCGCUGUUGGCCAGUACUGCUCGCUGUACAAUGAGACUUGGCCAGCUAGCUUUGCGACCAAUGUCGGACAGUGGAGAGGCAAGGAUUACUUCAGUAUUGGAUAUUCGUACUCUUUCUCGAACAGCACUGGUGGUGUUGAUAAGCCGACCGGAUGCAACAACCCAACUUCGCCAAAGUAG